AUGAGAAUUUGCAGCAUUUUUUUGAUCGACAAAAAGAUCAAUGGUGCAUUUUGUCAACAGUUGGACUGCGGACGCGAAGAUUACAUCCUGAAGAUGAAACUGUCAGUUCGCACGAUCACGCACGAUCUAGCACGAUCUACAUGCUUUGACUUGCUGAUUGAGACGAAGGUGCUUGCAUUGGGCAAGAGAUGGUUAGGGCUGCCAAGGCUGUUGCUGGUCAACGUGCUCUGCCUAUACCCCUCGGUGGUAGUAAUCAUCAGAUGCCUUUUGGGUGCAUUUGCCGAUCGUAGUGCGACCAGAUGUGACCAGUCAUGA